AUGACCGAUUCGGAAACAUCAGCGGCUGCUAUUGCCGCAAAUCAACAAACUAAUUCGUCAACGGUAUUAGUGACAACUUCGUCGUCGUCAUCUUCAUCUCCAAAUAAAAAAACAGAAAAAAAGAAGAAUCCUCGAUCGAAACCUACACAUCCUCCAACAUCCGAAAUGGUUAAUAACGCUAUUAAGGGAUUGAAAGAACGAGGUGGAUCGUCAGUUCAAGCGAUAAAAAAAUAUAUAGCAGCCAAUUAUAAAGUGGAUGCUGAAAAAGUAGCACCAUUUAUAAAGAAGUAUCUGAAAUCUGCGGUUAUUUCGGGUGCUCUUGUUCAAACCAAGGGUAAAGGCGCAUCAGGUUCAUUUAAAUUAUCAGCAGCUGCUGCAGCAUCAGCAUCGGCCGGAGGAGCAACUUCUAAUAGCGGUUCAAAUGUAAAAUCGAAACGGAAAAUUACAGCUGGUGAUAAGAAAAAGAAACCAGCAUCGAAAAUUAAAAGAUCAAGUGCACCAACUGCUUCACUAAAAGGUUCUACUACAGCUGGUAGUAAGGCAAAAUCUACGAAAAAAUCAACAUCAACUUCAAAGGUAGCAGGUGCGGCGGCGGGGGCGGGAGCAGCGUCCGCUGUGUCUACAUCAUCAAAACGAUCAGCAAUAAUAAUAACAACCGCUGAUAAAAAUAGAAGUAGAAAAACUGCAGCCGAAAAGAAAAUUAGUAGACAAUCAGGUGGUAUCGGUGGUGGCUCAAUGACUUCAAUUCCUUCAUCGCCUACUAAAAUAAAAGCAACUUCAAAAGCAAAAAAAUCGAAUAAACCUGGACCAACGAAAAAACCAAAGGCACCGAAACCUAAAACAGCAAAAUCGCCAGGAACAUCAGUUUCAUCAAAGGCUAAAAAAACUACAUCGGUAUCAUCGACAUCACCUAAAAAGAAAACGGUUAAAUAA